AUGCCCUUUGAAAAUAUCCAAACAAUCGCGCCUCUUCCACCAGUCGAGCGAGGUCGUUCCUUCAUUCUCUCUGGCGAUCCAAAGGGCAAGAACUUCGUCUACUGCGCUGGAAACUCAGUUGUUAUCCGAGAUAUUGCAAAUCCUUCAAUUGCGGAUAUCUACACUGAGCAUUCCGCAAAGACGACAGUGGCGAAAUAUGCGCCAAGCGGGUUUUAUAUCGCUUCUGCGGACAAAUCUGGCAAAGUGCGAAUUUGGGAUACCGUCAAUAAAGAGCAUUUGUUGAAAUAUGAGUACCACCCCUUUGCCGGCGAAAUUCGCGACCUUGCCUGGGACGGUGAAUCGAAACGAAUCGUUGUUGGCGGGGAUGGUAGACAGAACUACGCCGCUGCCUUUUUGUGGGACUCGGGAUCAAAGUGUGGUGAUUUUACUGGACUUGGGAAGACUGUUACUUCUGUUGAUCUCAAAUCUGGUCGUCCUUUUCGUGCGAUUUGCGGAUCUGAUGAUUCCACCGCGGUUUUCUACAACGGAGUGCCUUACAAAUUCAACAAAUCACUCAAGGAUCAUGAUCGAUUCGUCAACUGUGUCCGUUUCAACCCCGCUGGAUCGCUCUUUGCCACCGUUUCUUCAGACGGAAAGCUAAUCUUUUACGAUGGAAAAGAGGGCGAAAAGAAGUCACAGGUCGACAAAGCCCAUGGCGGUGGAAUCUAUGCUUGCUCUUGGAGCGCCGAUGGAACGCAAAUCGUCACUGCUAGUGGCGAUAAAACCUGCAAGAUCUGGGAUGUGGAGACGAGCUCUGUUGUGAACGAGUUCGUCAUGGGUAAAGAUAUCAAGGAUCAGCAGUACGGUUGUCUCUGGCAGAAUAAUGAUAUUCUUUCGGUUUCGCUCUCUGGAAAGAUCAAUUAUCUCGACAAAAACAGUGGAAAAGUAGCGAGAGAAAUCAAUGGCCAUCAGAAAAACAUCAAUUGUCUGACCUAUCACAGUGGUUUGAAAGCUGCAAUUACUGGUGAUUAUGACGGCAAUGUCUGCUAUUGGGAUGCUCUUGGUGGCGAGGCAAAAUGUUUCACUGGAAAGGGACAUGGCUCUUCUGUUAACGACCUUGCCACAGACAACCUUGACGGUCUCGUCUCUGUCGGCAACGAUAACAAACUCCGCAUUUCUUCAAUUUCCGAGCAGACUAUUUCCGAUUCCGCGACCGACCUCGGCGAGCAGCCAAAGUCCAUUUCCUUCGCCGGAAAUAAUCAACCAGUCGUUCUGACCACCGAAAAAGCUUUGGUCGUGAAUGGAAACAAAGUUUCAGCGACGAAACUCGGCUUUGAACCAAGUUGCAUUGCUUGCAAAGGAGACAAGGUGAUCAUUGGCGCGAAGGAAGUUGCUGGUGCUUUCCAGUAUUCUCUAGCAGGCGGCGAACUGACGAACAAGACUGAUAUUGCGAUCAAAGAUCCUGUUGUUGCUGUGAGAUUCAGCCCUGAUGGUCAAAAACUCGCCGUCGCAGAUAAGAGCAACUGUAUCAGUAUCGUCGAUAGUAACGACCAUCACAUAAUCGAAAAAGUCUACGGCCACCGCGCUAGAAUCACUUCCCUAGCCUUCUCAGAAAACGGCUGGCUCGCAUCAGGAAACAUUGACCAAAAAAUUAUCGUCCACAAUUUCGAAGAACGCAAAGUCGAAAUUCCCUUGGCUCACCGAAUGGCUGCCAUUUCCGGCCUCGAGUGGACCAGUGAGACUCGAUUGAUGAGCUCUGCCCAAGAUGGAACUCUCAAGACCUGGGAAAUUUCCUUUUAA